UGUGCCCAAUCUAUCCUCACUCUCAGUCAGUUCCUGAACUGCCCAGCGGUUUUCUUUUGUGCCCAUCCUGAGGCUUCCCAGGCAGACUUUCCCAGGGAGCAUGGAAGAAACAGGCAGGCCAUAUGCCCUCUGCAACAACACGUGGCAGUGAACAAAGAGCUGGAAUGGGUGGAAGGGCCUUUGGGGUGCCAAUCUGAACUCCUGAGCAAGUGGACUGGAACCCAGCUCUACUUCUCUCUCCAUACACCUCAGAUAAUGUAUCCUGCCCAAGCAGGCAGGAUUUCCUCCUGAAUCAGAGAAUCAGACAUUUAUCUUCCUUCAUGGUCUGGUAUGAACUUCCUUCUAGCUAUUCUAGCCCAUACAAAGUAAUGGAGGACACAGGAACACCAGGCAUAGAGGACGCACACUGCAAAUGAAAAAUAACAUAAGUAGCCCCGUCUCCUUUUAUUCUUCUGGAUCAGUGAUGUCUGAGUUCUCCUGACACCGGGCAUAUUCAGGAAAAUGAGACUGGACAGGAUUUGCCUUCUACCCUUCUUCUUGCAUCUGGCAGGAGCAAUUCUGGAUAUUACCCUGAUGGCCAAUGUUUUGAGUCCUUCACACACCAGCUUCUACCUCUCAUGUGUGACAGGCGAGCGAAAUGCCAGCCUCCAGAUUGACAGAGACAACAAAAUUGUCAUGACUCACCCCAAGUCCAAGCUCCAGAUAUACAAGAACAGCAGCAGUGAGGUGCAGAUGCGAGGCUUCUCCUGGGCAGACUUGGUUGGCGUCACCUACUGCUUGGGGCAGACCCAGUCAGAGCAAACCAGGGUAGUGUAUGUGCACAACAACAUGAAUGCCAACCUCAUCCCAGAAAAAGUGACACAGACGGUCAGCCUCUCCCAGUCAGCCAUACUUGUUGCCAAGAUAAAGCAUGGGAAGAAUGCAGACAUUUUGUGGAAAAGGAAUGGAACCUAUUAUGACACCAUGGACCAGGGUGAAGUGAAGAAGAACCAGUCUACUCUGACCCUGUCACCUGUUAGCAUGGGUGAUGGUGGGAUUUACAGUGCGACAUUCAUAGGGGACAGCCCCUUGUCAAGUGCCUCCUUCAGACUGAUUGUGCGAGGAUGUGUAGCCAAGAAAUGGGGCUCCUUUUGUGACAAGGACUGUCCCGACUGCCUGAAUGGAGGCAUCUGCCACCAUAUCGAGGGAGAAUGCAUCUGUCCACCAGGCUUCAUGGGCACCCGCUGUGAAAAAGCUUGUAGGGAAGGCAGGUUUGGGCGAAACUGCCAGGAGAAGUGCCUUAAUAAGCAGGGCUGCAGGGGGCUGGCCUUCUGUCUGCCUGACCCAUAUGGCUGUUCCUGUGCUGCUGGAUGGAGUAGUCUACAGUGUGGUUCAGCUUGCUCUCCUGGGACAUAUGGUGCUGACUGUGCCUUGGAGUGUCACUGCCAGAAUGGAGGCACGUGUAACCGGUUUAGUGGUUGUAUUUGCCCAUCUGGUUGGCAUGGACAGCACUGUGAGAAGUCAGAUCGGAUCCCUCAGAUAAUCAACUUGGACUCUCAUUUGGAGUUUAACUUAGGAUCUCAGCCUGUAGUUACUUGCAUGGCAACAGGCAACCCACCCCCUGUGCGCGACAGCAUUGAACUGCGCAAGGCUGAUGGAACAGUGAUUUUGCCUACAAAAGCCAUCAUGGAAAAAGACUUGACUACUUGUGAAUUUCAAGUGCCACCGCUGGUCCUCUCUGACACUAGCCUCUGGGAAUGUCGUGUCUCCACUACAGGUGGGCAGGACAGUGGCAAGUUCAAGGUGACUGUGAAAGUGCCUCCUGUGCCAUUGGACCCUCCCAGGCUUCUCACUAAACAGAGUCGGCAGCUUGUGAUCUCCCCCAUGGGACAUAUUUCAGGUGAUGGACCCAUCAUCUCCAUCAAAGUUCUGUACAAGCCCCAAACUGGCACUUCCCAGUGGUCGUCCAUUGUAGUUGACAAUGCCCAGAAUAUCACCCUGAUGAACCUGCGACCUGUCACAGCCUACCUUGUUAAGGUUCAGCUAACACGCCCAGGAGAUGGAGGAGAAGGUGUCCCAGGCCCCCACGCUGUAAUGGUAACAGAGUGCCAAGAGCCAAUAGCCAAGCCUGUGAUUGAAGGCUCAUCCGUUGAAAGGAGCAACACACUGUAUGUAAACUGGAAUCUGCCUGGUAGUGACAGCGUGGGCUCUGGGUUCCUUGUCCAACUCUAUGAUGCAGCCAAGGAACUCAUAUAUCAGGAGAACAUCACUUCCAUGACUGUGCAGUCUGCCUACAUUCCAAACCUUAAAUUUAACCAGGACUAUAGCCUGGAAGUGCUGGUCUAUCACUGCACCAGCCUGGGACCACCAUCUGACCUCUACAAGGUCAGGAUCGACAGCAAAGGUCCCUCAUCCCCACGGUCUCUCUCAGCGGAGUCCCUUGCUGACAGCACAAUCAGGCUCACUUGGCUGCCCCCCGAGUAUCCUAAUGGUGGCAUCAACAAAUACAUUGUGGAGGUGCAACAAGUGGGGGGUACCAGUGAGCCACAGUGGGUGGACACAGACAACGGCUGGGAUACCACAAAGAUAAUUGCAGGGCUCAACACCAGCACAUCCUACCAGUUCCGGGUGCGAGCCAAUUCUUAUGUGCCAGGCGACUGGAGCAUGCCUGUGAAGGCUCAGAUUGUGGUUGAUGGAGCUGUGAGCCAAGUGCCCACUUUGGAGAGCAGGAACUUGCCUCCAUCCAACCUGGACCAGCAGUUGCUGUUAGCCAUUGUGGGUUCUGUCUCUGUCACCUGUGUGACCAUAUUGUUUGCCCUCCUGGCCCUUUUCCUCAUCAAGAAGAACUUCUUUCACCGGCGUCGCACGUUCACCUAUCAGUCAGGAUCUGGGGAAGAGACCAUUCUGCAGUUCAACUCGGGCACACUGACCCUGACUCGCCGGCCCAAACCCCAGCCUGAGCCACUCAGCUACCCUAUCCUGGAGUGGGAUGACAUCAAGUUUGAGGACAUGAUUGGGGAAGGGAACUUUGGACAAGUCAUUCGGGCCAUGAUCAAGAAAGAUGGCUUGAGAAUGAAUGCAGCCAUCAAGAUGCUGAAAGAAUUUGCCUCUGAGAAUGAUCACCGAGACUUUGCCGGAGAGCUGGAAGUUCUUUGCAAGCUGGGCCACCAUCCCAAUAUCAUCAACUUGCUGGGAGCCUGUGAGAACAAGGGUUACUUGUACAUCGCCAUUGAAUAUGCACCCUAUGGAAACUUGCUAGAUUUUCUGCGCAAGAGCCGAGUCCUGGAGACAGAUCCUGCUUUUGCCAGGGAGCAUGGAACAGCCUCAACCCUCACAUCCCAACAGCUGUUGCAGUUUGCAUCUGAUGUGGCCAAAGGCAUGCAGUAUUUGAGUGAGAAACAGUUUAUCCACAGAGACCUGGCUGCCAGGAACAUCCUGGUGGGAGAAAAUCUGACUUCCAAAAUUGCCGACUUUGGCUUGUCCCGGGGGGAGGAAGUCUAUGUAAAGAAGACUAUGGGUCGUUUGCCAGUUCGCUGGAUGGCUAUUGAAUCCUUGAAUUACAGCGUAUACACAACCAAGAGCGAUGUGUGGUCUUUUGGAGUUCUCUUAUGGGAAAUAGUUAGCCUGGGAGGGACACCCUACUGUGGCAUGACAUGUGCUGAACUCUAUGAAAAACUGCCCCAAGGAUACCGCAUGGAGAAGCCCCUCAACUGUGAUGAUGAAGUCUAUGAGCUAAUGCGGCAGUGCUGGCGGGACCGGCCAUAUGAACGUCCACCCUUUGCUCAGAUCUCAGUGCAACUCAUCCGCAUGCUGGAAGCCCGAAAGGCCUACGUGAACAUGGCUUUGUUUGAGAAUUUUACCUAUGCUGGAAUUGAUGCCACAGCUGAGGAAGCAUGAGAGACCUGGGCACUGACCCCAUCCACCUGUGGACACAAACAGGACACAUGUGGAAUAGGAGUCCCCUGUACAUAUGCCUCAUCGUCAUGCCACCAUGUUCUUACAUAGGCUGUGCUGAGCACAGCAUAGUCCAGAGAAUCCUGCAUCAACCCAGCCCUCAUGCAGCUUCUCCUUCCCUGACCAGGACGGCAUGGACAGCAGAUAUUGUGAUUAAUCCAAGACUCUGCCAUGCUAAAAAGGAGAUAUACAGAGACACACAGCUAUAAAUCUUGCUAGGGGAGUAUCUAUGUCAAGUACUCCUGUCUCAGUAGCCCUUUAUAUCACAUACUGCCAUCUCCACGUGCUGACUGUGUAAUUUGCAGCCUGCCCCCAAGAUGAACAGCAUGGCCAUGAGAAUGAAUGGAAGAAACAAAUGGGCUGCAUGUUAGACUUGAAGCAGAGAACUCUGUGAAGUGCCUGAUGGGCUUGGGAUUCAGCACGGAAAGAAGAACAAGGAAAUGCAAUAUGAAAUCAAGAGAACAGGAGAACCCUCAUCAUCCAUAUUCAUUCAUACACUGCAUCCCUCAUCUUCUGCCUCACCAGAAGGCUCAGGGCAGAUCUUAGCCAGAGGUGAUCUGCCGCCUGCAAGGUAGCCUUUGAAAGCUAGGGAGUAAGAGCCACAUACUCCUUCAUACUGCAGGCUUCCUUUCUGCAGGAGAAGGCAAGAAUGUGGAGAGUAGUAAUUUACAGAGCCAGCCACUAGGAAGCGGGUAGUAAGUUUUCAUGUGAUCUGCUGCUACUGUUAGCAUGAUUGGCCUGUGCCUUUUACAGUCCAUCUCGUAUCUUUUCCCAAAUAGCCUCUUUUCCCAGGUUCUUUUUCACAACAGUUGCUUACUGCACAAACUUGUUAAGUGAUUCCCCUUAAUGUUCUGAUUUGUAACACCUUUGAACCCCUGGCUGAGGACUUUUCUCCCCUUUUGGCAGCUUACUCCUGCUGCUUUCCCAGCAGGCCGGUGUGCAUGCUGAUUCCAAUUCAGCCUGUUUUUAAAAAUAAGAGAGUGCAUUUACACAAAAGAAGCAUUGUACAGGACUUGAUACACCUUUGGUCUAAUCUUUACCAAACAGAAGCUUUUGCAUAAAUAUUAUCAGGAGUUUUUUUCACUAGACAGAAUAGUUUGUCCUUGGAAGGGUUUGUCCUUGGAAGCAGAUACAACUGUGUCCACUACUAGUCUGGUACAGCCCAUGUGAUGUCAGAUCAGUGGUUGUCUGUGAACAGCAGCCUCUGGUCAUUCUAAGAUGGCACUGAAUAAGUUUGUUUCCAGACAACCUACAAUGAGCAUUCAUCCUGAUUUGCUUGUACAAAGCUUGCAGGGAGGUCACAUGGUGUAUUGAACAUUCAUUCUGAUAUGUUUGCAGAGAAGUUAUACAACAUCAGGUCAGAAUUGUUCUUCCACACUUUCUAGUGAAUUUUCGUGCUACUUUCCGUACUGAGAAAUCACGUGGUUUUCUUUUUUUAGAAGCAGGUUUCUUGUCAGUUUUCACUUGAAUCUCACUCUCAAAUAGGGAUGGAAUGAUCUGUCAACUUCGGUUCUCUCGGUUUCUCAUUUUUCUAAUCUUAAAGUUGGUUCUCCACAUUUCUGCAGCAACUUGAGAUUUUUUUAAAAAAAUCCUCAUGAAAUUCUUCAGCAUUUUAGUGUGAAUUUCUCCUAAUAAAUACAU